AUGGCUUUUUGUGAGGGUUUUUUCUUUCUUUUUUUCUUUCAAUUCUCAAAAUUUUCUCUUUUCUUCUUUUUCUCCUUUUUUUUUUUUUUCUGUUUUUUCUUUCUUUUUUCAUUUUUUUUUUUUUUUUUCAUCAUUUUUCUCUUCUUCCUCUUUUUUUCUUCUCUAAAACGUUCUCUCUUUUUUUCUUUUUUUUUUUUUCUUCUUUUUUCUUUUUAUCUUUUUCUUUUCUCUUUUUUUUUUUUUUUUUUCUCUUUUCUUUUUUUUCUUUUCUUCUUUUUCUUCCUUAUAUUUUUUUUUUCUUUUUUCUCUUUUUUUUUUUCUCUUUUUUCUUUUUUCUUUUUCUUUUUUUUUCUUUUUUUUUUUCUUUUUUUUUUUUUUUUCUUUCUCUUUUUCUCUCUUUUCUCUUCUUUUUCUUUCUCUCUUCUUUUCUUUUUUCUCUCUCUUUUUUUUUUUUUUUUCUCUUUUUUUUUUCUUUUUCCUUUUUUUUUUUCUUUUCCUCUUUCUUUUUUCUUUCUUUUUCUCUUCUUCCUCUUUCUCUUUCUUCUUUUUUCUCUUUCUCUUUUUUUUCUUUUUCUCUUUUUUUCUCUCUCUUUUUUCUUUUCCUCUUUUUUUUUCUUUCUUCUUUUUCUCUCUCUCUCUCUCUCUUUUUCUCUCUUUUCUCUUCUCUCUCUUCUCUUCUCUUCUCUUCUCUUUUCUCUUUCUCUUUCUCUUUUUCUCUUUUCUCUCUCUCUCUCUCCUCUCUCUUUUUCUCUCUUCUCUCUUCUUUUUUCUCUCUUUUUCUCUCUUCUUCUCUUUUUUCUUUCUUUCUCUUUCUCUCUUUUUUUCUCUUCUUCUCUUUCUCUCUUUCUCUCUUCUCUCUUCUCUCUUUUUCUCUCUCUUUUUUUCUCUUUUUUCUCUCUCUCUUUUUCUCUCUCUCUCUUUUUUCUCUCUUCUCUUCUCUCUCUCUUUUCUCUUUCUCUCUUUCUUUUUUCUCUCUCUUUCUUCUCUCUUCUCUUUUCUCUCUCUUUUCUCUCUCUCUUCUCUCUCUCUCUCUUUCUUUCUCUCUCUUUUUCUCUCUCUUCUCUCUUCUUUUCUCUUUCUCUCUUCUCUUUUCUCUCUCUCUCUCUUUUCUCUCUCUUCUCUUUCUCUCUCUCUCUUCUCUCUCUCUCUUUUCUCUCUCUUCUCUCUCUCUCUUCUCUCUCUUCUCUUCUUUUCUCUCUCUCUUUUCUCUCUCUUCUUUUUCUCUCUCUCUCUUUCUCUUUCUCUCUAACUCUCUCUCUUUUUCUCUCUCUUCUCUUCUCUCUCUCUUUCUCUCUCUCUUCUUUUCUCUCUCUCUUCUCUUUUCUCUCUCUCUCUCUUUUCUCUUCUCUCUCUUCAUUUUUUUUUUUUUUACACAUCAAUCUGUUUCAAAAUAGUUCUGGCCCCAUCUUUCUUUCUUUCUCGCCCCCAGUUAGGCCCCAUCUUUCUUUCUCCCCCCCCACUCCUGUUAGGCCCCAUCUUUCUUUCUCCCCCCCACUCCUGUUAGGCCCCAUCUUUCUUUCUCCCCCCCCUACUCCUGUUAGGCCCCAUCUUUCUUUCUCCCCCACUCCUGUUAGGCCCCAUCUUUCUUUCUCCCCCUCCUGCCCCAUCUUUCUUCUCCCCCCACUCCUGUUAGGCCCCAUCUUUCUUUCUCCCCCCACUCCUGUUAGGCCCCAUCUUUCUUUCUCCCCCCCCUCCUGUUCUUCUUCCUCUCUUCCUCUGCCCUCCUGCUCCUAUCUUGCGCUUGGUCUCUCUCUCUCUUUCUCUCUCUCCCCCUCUCUCUCCAUUGCCUCACUUAUUGCUCUCUCUUCCCCUUACUCUCAUUUCUCUCUCUCUCUCUGUGUCUUUCCACUCCUUGACUUAUUGCUCUCUCUCUCUCUCUCUCUCUCUCUGGAUGAAGUAUUUUCCUUGUCUGAAAAGCUGGUGCUUCGAUUACAAGACUUAGUGAAGUUAAUUGUUCACAAUGUGACUUGGACAGUUGGAUUUACAGGUGUGUGUGAAGAUGAUGUCUUACCUGCAUUGGAAUCUGUCAAAAUGCUGCAGAAGGAAUUCACGCAAGCUAACAGUCACAUUAAAUGGCCAGAAAUUAAGAAGGAUCACAAAUACUAUGAAACUGAGCCAGUUAAUACAGAGGUGAAAAUUGUGAGUUAUUCAAUUUACUGCCGUUAUCGGGCAAUCUCUAGAAGAUGUGAGAAUGUCAAAGAGAAAUUUUUUAAGAAUGUCUUUGUGGCUGCCUGUGGUGGUAUCAUGAUGAAAACUCGUCAUGGGCGGAUCAUGUUCUGCAGGGACACCUUCAAUGAUCCAGAUUUGGCUAAUCUGGACAUUUGCUGUGAAUAUUUGGCUCCAAAUUUGAAAGGAAGGCCCAGAAAAAAGAAGCAAAAAUUAAAGAAAGGUGCAUCCCUUUCAUCUGACAGCAAUGAGGAUUCUCCAGGAGAGAGCCUGCCUCCAAAGCAGCACAAGUCAAAUAACAAAAUCAAGGAUUAUACAGAGGACACAGUUAAUGGAUACAACAAUGAUUCCCUUCUUCGUGAUGAGCAGGAAUUUCUUUCUACACUCUAUAAUUUCAUGAAGAAACAAAAUACACCAAUAGAACGAAUUCCUUCUCUUGGAUUUAAAACAAUUGACCUGUUUUCAUUUUAUAAAAAUGCAAAUAAGCUUGGUGGAUAUGAACGGAUAACAAAUAAUAGAAUGUGGAAACACCUUUAUGAUAUUAUGGGAGGUAAUCCAGGAAGUACUAGUGCUGCAACAUGUACCAGAAGGCAUUAUGAACGUUUGCUGUUACCAUUUGAGUUGUACUUGAAAGGGAAGGAUUUCAGUCUUUUGUCUCAAAUUAAGCAGAAGAAAAGUUCACACUCCAACAAUAAACAACUCCUAUCAUGUAUCGAUGGCAAGAAAGAAAUCAAGAAAUCCAAAAUUGAGGUAAAAAUAGAGGAAAAGGCUAAGAUGUGGGAAGAAAUAAGAAAAAAUCAUAACCAAAAUAGAGAUUCUAUGCGACGUCUUAAAACUGGCUGUCAACCAACUGUCAAGAAACUUUUGUCAUGUGACAAAUACUCUCCAAGUUUCCCAAAUAAGGACAAUACUGCUUCAUCACAGAAAAUCAAAAAAGAAUUCUCUGACGUAAAAUUGUCUGUAGAAUCCUUUUCUUCACCAGUCCAAUCCACAGCGCAUCAGCUGAAACGUCUUACAUGUAGUGUAACCCUUCAUGAACUCAAGUCUCAUCCGGCACUAACAAAAAAAGAGAAAAUAUCUGUUGUUCCUGAAAGGAAACCUAAUGUGUGCAUGUCCAUCCCAAAAGAGAUAACUGCUGCAGCUGUACUUGCAAGCCAAUCCCCAAGCCCCAUUCAGCUUGGGCCUGACAAGCAGGAAAAUCCUAAAUUUGGUGAGAAAUCUAUAAUGGUUCUACCACCAACACCACCUUCAAACCCAGCAUAUGAAAGGAUUAGUCCUAUUGAAGUUGAAGAUACCAAAGGGAACUUAAAUGCAGAUGGAAAAAAAUCCUCACCGUGUAGUGAUGGCAGUGAGACAAACGAGUCGGAAAACCAAAUUAAAAGUCGACCAGGUCCCAGCAUUCUUGGACCUUUAUUGCAUAAACAAAAGCGGAUACCUGUAUCACAUUCUCUUACUCAACCAAGUCGGCCACUCACAAUAGCAACCGAUGUUAUGGAAAACAAAUGCUUUGAAAAUGUGACCAUGGUUCCCCAGAGUCCAUUGGAGGCUAAUCAGAGCAAUAACAUCAGUGUAAGCCCCACACUAUCAUCUUCGUUAAUUUCAUCCAAGACAUCUGCUAUAUUCCAUCCAACAUCAGCCGUUGCAGGAAUAGCACCACCUACAAAUUGUCUGCCAGAAAAUGGUCGAUGGCAUGUGCCGAAAUCUGCACAUUCACAGACAAGUCGAACGUCAAACCGAAGCGAAGAAACAAAGCCACGUAGCAGUGGCAUUCGCCAGUCGGUUAUUCAACAUACUACACAGAAUCCUCCUGAAGGUCUGCUAGCUCCUGCAUCUUCUAUUCCCAAAUUUGCUCGACUCUCAAAGGACGACUCCCUACCUCAGCCUGCCCAUAUGAACCACAUGAAAAGGUCCAAUCCCUAUUCUGCUGAUUCCUACCACUUUAUGUCCCCUGUCACAGCCCACACAUCUAAGACAACGUCCAAUACCUUGGCAUUCUCUGCUGCCCAUCCGAUAGAACCUAUUCCUCCUUAUUACUCUAAUGCCAAACGGCAGAAAUUGUCCAAUAAUCAUGCAACACCCUAUUUAGACUCUGUCCACAGACCAAGUACAAAUGACCUUCAGUCAGAACCAACUGACUUGUCCAUGAAAACAUUGAAAAAGUCUGUAAAUGGCAGAGUUAACUAUAAAAAUUCAGUAAAUGAACAUCGAAAAAGUGAAACUGGGGAUCCUUUAACAUGUUCUUCAUUUCAUCCUCAUUCUUCCUCCCCUUUAGCAGUCGAUGCCUGUUCACCUUUGGACAUGACCACCAGCUCCAAAAAAUAUAACUCUAAGGCCUCCAGUCAUCUCUCAACCAACAGAUACUCUUCUUCAUCACAGCAGCAGGAGUCUUUAACUCCAACUACUCUCAGCUCAGCGUCCAACCCUCAUUUAGCAGGACUCAGUCUGCCUGCUGCCCCCUCAGUGCACCCAGCCUUUCCACAGCCCCUUCAGUCAGCACAUCUGAUGCACACCGGCAUGAUCUCCUCUUCACAGAUGCAACGAAUGCUGGAGUCUCCACACUUUCCUCAGCCUCCGAUGCCGCCUCCUCCUCCUCCACCGCCGCCACCUCCUCCUCCGCCGCCACCACCACCACAACAACAACAAUCACAACAGCAUCAACAACAAAAGCAGCAACAGCCGCCAUCACUGUCAUCAAUACAGCACCCUUCCACAGGGUUAGACUACCGACCACCCAAAGACUAUUAUCUACCCCCGCCUUUACUGCUUCCUAAUUCCUCACCUUUUGCAUCAUCUUUCUUGAAUCAAUCAAAUCUAAACCGUUAUGUUUAUCAUAAGUAA